AUGCUAGCCAACUUUGGCCUCAAGAUCAUGCCAAAUUCUGGUAAUAUGCCGCGGGGGAAUGGAACAAUUUCAGGUGGAAAUCACUACAUUGUGGGAGAAACUAGUGGCAAUAAUCUUGGUUCAUUGUGUUUAACUGACACGAAAUGGUUCAAACUCAAAAACGAGUGUGAUCAAGUUAAGUCUUUGCUCCAACUCAACUCAUACCCGAUGUGUCCGGACGCAGACCGAGCCAUGGGGUUAGCUCCUCAUACGGACUCGUCCCUUUUCAUAUUGUAUCAGGGCAACAUCAAUGGGCUACAAUUUUACGAAGAUGAUAUGGAGUGGGUCGAUUUGGAGCCUGUUGAGGGUGCCUUGAUCGUCAAUAUUGGUGAUUUGAUGCAAAUUGUGUCUAAUGGGAAGUUCAAGUCCGUGUUGCACCGUGUGGUGGCGAAUAACACGCGCCACCUCAUUUCGCCAGGGGAUGCUGAGGUCUUGCCGUUGAAGAAGUUGGUUGAGUUUGAUCGUCUGCCAAUGUACCGGCCGACAGUGAUAUGGAAGGAGUAA